CAGCUUAAGGAACUCGAAAUCUGGCAAUUUUCCUGGAAAAUCAAAUCGCCGAGAAAGGAAAAUUUUUCGCAGCUCUCUCUGUGGUGAUCUGAUUCAGUCUAUGGCGAGAUUUUGCAGUUGUAGUCUACUAUUUUUCUUCUCAUUAUCGAUCUCCUUGCUCCUCCGCCGAGCUUCGAGUUCUUAUGCUGGUUCCGCUAGCUCAAUCGUCAAUCCCGCAAAAGUCAAACAGAUUUCAUGGAGUCCGCGGGCUUUUGUAUACGAAGGCUUUCUCACGGACUUGGAAUGCGAUCAUAUCAUCUCGCUUGCUAAAGCGGAGUUGAAGAGAUCUGCUGUUGCGGACAAUUUGUCCGGAGAGAGCAAGGUUAGCGAGGUCCGAACUAGCUCUGGGGCGUUUAUUCAUAAAGCCAAGGAUCCUAUUAUUUCUGGUAUAGAAGACAAAAUUGCAGCAUGGACAUUUCUGCCAAAAGAAAAUGGGGAAGACAUUCAAGUGUUGAGAUAUGAAUAUGGGCAGAAGUAUGAUGCACACUUUGAUUACUUUUCUGACAAGGUUAAUAUUGCCCGAGGUGGACAUCGAAUGGCAACUGUUCUUAUGUAUCUUUCCAACGUAGAAAAAGGUGGUGAAACUGUGUUUCCUUCUGCAGAGGAAUCUCAAAGACGCCAGGCUUCUGAAACAAAUGAAGAUCUCUCAGACUGUGCAAAGAAAGGGAUAGCAGUGAAACCACGGAGAGGCGACGCUCUGCUCUUCUUCAGCCUUCAUCCUAAUGCUGUUCCAGACACAUGUAGUCUGCAUGGAGGGUGCCCUGUCAUUGAAGGUGAGAAAUGGUCAGCAACCAAGUGGAUUCAUGUCGAUUCUUUCGACACGAUCUUGAGAGACCAUACGAAUUGUGCUGAUGAGCAUGCUAGCUGCGAGAGAUGGGCUGAACUCGGCGAGUGCACAAAUAACCCGGAGUAUAUGGUGGGAUCUCCCGAGCUUCCUGGCUACUGCAGGAAAAGUUGUAAGGUGUGUUGAUAAGACUUUGCUCCAUUCUUUAUGUGCAUUCCUUACCUUUGGUUUACCAGGUCUCUGUGUUUUGCAAAGUUUGUUCAAAAACACAAAUGGUAGUUUUUUGAGAGCAUUUUCAUUACUAUGUUUUGUGACAGAUAGCAUGUAUUGAUAACUCAAUUAUGUAAUAUUAUUGGAUGAAUAAUAUGUAGUUUUUGGAAUUUAUUUGG